AUGUUUCCGGUGCGUCUUUUGGCCACCGUGGUAGCCAACAACGCCUCCGAUUUCGGUGCGCUCGAGGAGCGACCUACCCUCGAUGAGUCUGAGCUAUCACACCUGCUGUCAAAGAAGAGAAACUACGUGCACACUGUCGCCCUGAUCGGCUGCUCUCUCGCCUCUGUCGUUGCCUGCGUCAUCAUCCUACUCCUCAUCCCUGUCCAUGGCAACAGCCCCGAGGUGCACGUGUGGUCAGAGAACGUGUGCACUACGCGUGCCUGCGACCGACAGGCGCGCUUCCUCCACGAGACCAUGCAGCCAUCGGCGGACACCUGCCGCGAGUUCAGCAUCCUCAUGUGCGGCCGUUGGACACACGAUCACGCCGUCGCCACCGAUGUGGACGCCCUGCUGAGGGAAAGCGCACUCCAACAAGACGCCAGGUUCCUGCGAAAUCACACGGGCAGGUUCGACGCAACUCGGGAAGCACGCCGCAUGUUGCACUCUUGUCUAGAGCAGCAGUCCGAUCAAAAAGCGCACCGGGCUGCUCUUCGCACUUUCCGCGAUUUUCUCCGCGAUCGUGGCCUGCCCUGGCCCAACAAACCGACCGGAGAGCGGCACCCUUUCGACGUGCUUCUCGACCUGAGUAUCAACUGGCGCAUCGACCUGUGGUUUGGCACGAGCGUCAAAACCGUGGCCGAGGUGAUGUUUUACGCCGAAGCUGUCGGCGGCGGCCUCCAGUACACGAAACUGAGAGCAAAACGUGUAUCCAGUACUCAUACGCACGUCCUGCUAUCAUUCAGGAACAUUUCGUGCCUCAACCCGAGGCUGAAGCGGCUGCGCAUCACGCUAUUAGCGAAAGUGGAAGAAUGGGCGCCGGCGGUCACGUCUUCGCAGUGGCUCGCUUUCCUUCGAAAGCAUUUGGGCGAGACUUUGAACGUUCAUGCGUACACAGAAAUUCUGAUCGACAGCCUUGAACACUUUACAGUGAUUGGAGGCCUGUUGAACAAGUUCGGAGCAAAUGAGCUGCUCAAUGUGAUCGGGUGGUGGAUGGUGCGUCUCUUCGCCGAUCUCGGUGCGCUAGCGGUGGACAACGACGACCACGCGCAGGCCUUUUCACCCGUUGCUUGCCAGAGACGAGUGGAUGCUUGCUACGGUCCAGCAGUGACGGCUGAGAUGGUACAACAGUACUGGACGCCAGAACACGCAAAGGCCGUGAAUGACAUCUUCACCGCCGUCCAACACGAGGCUUUCAUUUUGGUUCAACGGCUGUCGUGGAUGGGCGCAGUAAGCAAGAAGCAGGUCAUUCGCAAGCUGCAUGCACUAAAGCUGAACUUCUGGCCCCAUUCGUCGGACGAGCUGUUGAUGGAAGGGGCGUACAGUGGAUUCCCUGAGCGUGAACCGCUCUACAUCGAGCACUGGCUGAAGGCGAAAGAAGCCAUGCGUUCUCUUCUGGGCACCGAGGCCGGUGAGCUCCUCGACCGGAUACCGACCGCCGCCUGGGACGCCCUGAUCGAGUACGACUACUGGGGCAACGCGGUUGCCGUGUCGAUGGCCACGCUGCAGGAGCCCGUCUUCUCGCGCAGCUUCCCGCAGACCAUCAACUAUGCCGGCCUCGGCACGAUGUUCGCGAGUGCGCUUGUCCAGGCCUUUGACGCAAGGGGAAUUAUGCUGGAGCAUGCGGAGGACCAGCGGCCCCUGCUAGACAAUAGCACGCGGGAAGUGCUGUUGAAACGGCUGGCUUGCAGCGACCCGGCGUCCGAGCUUGCAGCCGCGUCCUUCUUCAAGGCCGCGUGGCGAUCACCAUCUGCGCCGCGGGGCCUUACUGUGAACGGAGUCGCACGGCCCGCCGACCAGGUCUUCUUUAUGGCCCAGUGCCGCCUGUUGUGCGGAAGCGCUGACGCACAGCGCUUCUGCAGUGGAGGACUUCCGCAGAUCGACGCUUUCGCCAGGGCGUACGGCUGUCCCCAGCAGCAAGCGAAAAAUGAAGAAACAUCCUGCCUAUUCUUCGCAUGA